AGUAAUUAAAAAGAAAAAAAAAAAAAAACGAAAGAGGAAAAGGAGAAAAAGAGAUUGACAUGGUUGGAAAUUUCUGCUUAUAGUAAUGAAUUAAACUAGUAUAAAAAAGGGAAAAGCAACAGAUUUGAUUUUCGAGUUUCCAAAGAACAAUCUAGAAUCAGUGUCUUAAGUGAUUCUAUGUCGAGCGAGAGAGUCCCCGUUGAGUUGUCCAAGGGCGUUAACAGCUUCGAAAAAAUCAUCCUCCGUGAGAUUCGUGGCAGCUCCGCCGAGGUGUAUUUGCAUGGAGGCCAUGUGACAUCUUGGAAGAAUGAGAAUGGAGAGGAGCUGCUUUUUGUCAGUAGUAAGGCAUUAUUCAAGCCUCAAAAAGCAAUUCGUGGAGGAAUUCCAAUAUGUUUCCCUCAAUUUUCAAAUCAUGGUCCUCUUGAGCAGCAUGGAUUUGCUAGAAAUAGGAUUUGGAGCAUUGACACUGACCCACCUGCUUUUCCAACAAACUCAUCCAGUAAAGCUCACAUUGAUUUGAUCCUUAGGCCUUCUGAAGAAGAUAUAAAGAUUUGGCCUCACAGUUAUGAGUUCCGUCUGAGGGUAGCUUUGGGACCUGGAGGAGAUCUAAUGUUAAUAUCUCGCAUCAGGAAUACAAAUACUGAUGGGAAGCCGUUUACAUUCACAUUUGCGUAUCACACUUAUUUUUCUGUUUCUGACAUCAGUGAAGUUCGUGUUGAAGGAUUAGAGACACUAGAUUAUCUGGAUAACUUACAGAACAAGGAGCGUUUUACUGAACAGGGAGAUGCAAUAACAUUUGAAACAGAAGUGGACAAGAUAUACCUCAGUACUCCUACUAAAAUUGCAAUUCUGGAUCAUGAAAAGAAGAGAACCUUUGUAAUACGCAAAGAUGGACUCCCUGAUGCUGUGGUGUGGAAUCCCUGGGAUAAAAAGGCAAAGGCUAUUGUUGAUUUCGGAGAUGAUGAAUACAAGCAUAUGCUCUGUGUGGAGGCCGCUGCUAUUGAGAAACCCAUCACAUUGAAACCUGGUGAGGAAUGGAGAGGAAGGCAAGAACUUUCUGCUGUUGCUUCUAGUUACUGUAGUGGGCAACUUGAUCCUCAGAGAGUCCUCCAGGGCAGCUGAAAGAUCCAUUACUGUGGUCAUUAUAUGUACAGGAAUUAUGAUGAUGGAUCCAAGCAGGACAAUUUUAUUCACCUCCUGGAUUUUUGUUGGUUGAAGGAUUAUGGAAUAAUGUUGCAUUCGGUGAUGAAUGUUUUUUAACCAAAAUACAAAUGGAUGACAAUAUUUGCGGACCAAAUAGAAUUACUGAUAUAUUGAUGUGAAAUUGCAUGAUCUUUUCAAUGGUCUCCUCUUGUGCCAAAGUACGUUGUUCCUUCGCUGCUGUUAUAUUUGUUUUUCACAAACUAAAGUAAACAAUUACUACUGUUGUUAUUAUCAUUUUUAUUAAUGGUGAUGUUGUUGAAGGCUGUUUUGUUAUUCCAGCUGUGGAUGAGCUAUGGGCUGUCUUGUGAAUUGACUGAACAGCAGCUCAGGCUUUUGUAAGAAUUUACUAAUUCAAAUUUA